AUGAAUUUCGUUCCGAUUGGACUAUUAACUCCAUCACCGCGACGUCCGACGCAGUUUAAAUGCCCUGCCAAACCAAUACUAACCUUACCUCCAUUACCACCAACUUUAAACGAGGUCGCGAAUGUAUCAAAUAAAGAUGGCACCCACAUUGAGACGUCUUAUAUAACUCCUCUUCACGCAGAGAACUCCCAUCACAUCGUAUCAUGGCCUCAACCCUCUGACUCGUAUACUAAACACGGUCUACUCGACUCGACUGGUGACUUAGAGCUGAACUCUCCCAUAUCACCUAAAGUGCAAAAACUUUACAAUCGAACCCGACUUAUAGAUGACACUCGACCGCGGCCAACUUUACUCCAAGAGCUUUCCAAAUUUCUUGAUACUGAACUUCAGACGGAGAAUGGACAGACUUCUCAUCGACCUACGUUACAAAGACUUCAAGUCGUUCGAGAAGUUUUCAAUAGACUCAUCGAGAAUUUUAGUGUAUACGCUCCGGUGUUGACACGAAUUCGAGACGAGUACGAAAAUGCUGUGGAAUAUCUUCAUGCACAAAGCUUGAAGGUUCCAGGAAUGCAGACUCGACUGCAGAGUGUGGAGACUCAUUACCUUCAGCAACUGAGUACAAGUAACGCUGAAGCGAAAGUGCUCUCAGUUUCACUCAAGCGACGGCUUACAGAGACACAGGCGCUGCUAGCUGCUAGUGCGGCUGAGAACGCUCGAUUACAUAGUGAACUUAAACGCGAGCAGGACAAUCUAGCAAAAGCUGAAUGCAAACUUGUUGGACUCCAGCGGUCUACGUCAGUGUUAGUGAAUAGUGUGCGUCGACAUGAAGAAAACUUACGCAUGGAUCAAGAACAGUCUUUUGAGGAUUCAAAAGCUUUUGAAAAGCUGACGACUCGCUAUUCACAUGUAUGUGAUGAAGUUGCGGAGCUUAGGAGAACAGUCGCAACUUUUGAAGAACAAAGAAAUAGAGAACAAGUAGCUGCAGAUAAAAAAACGAUCGGCUUACUUAGUACAGAACUUCAAGAGCUAUCUGAAACCUUAAAAACAGCAAUAGAAAGCUCCAAGGCACCAAAGUCAAGUCACACAGAUGAUAUUAGCAAGCAGGCGUUGCUGAAUGCCGCCUUUAUUAAGGGAAUGAAAGGUUUUGGGCUCGAAAUGGAGCUGCCUCAUCUUCUGAAUGAAAUGUCAAUUGAAUCUGGUUCUGUCGACGAUGUCGCUGCUUUGAUCACUUUUAAAUUGAGGCAAGUUCAACAACAACACUACGCUCUACUCAAUACUAGAACGGAGGCUGGAGGCCUUUUAAACGAUCCGAUGGUUUUUUUAACUGAGCCACCGGAGCUAUUAACCUUGAGUGAAGUCAUGGCUCAACAAUUCGUUGGUAGAGAUUUUAUCGCUUGUCGCGAAUUAGGUAUCAAUAUUCCCACCUUCUUACAAUAUGACGGGAUAGUACGCAAUCUUUACUAUUCACGUGCAAAGAUUGAGCAAAUGAUUGAGCAAGUGUGGAAUCAAUAUAACGAGCAAGCUCGAUUUAUCGAUAGUGGACAGUCUACAAGCGCCAUAGCAAACUUUCCUUUGUCGUCUGAAACAUCGUUGCUCACGGUGGCACUCGAUCGAUUUUUACAGCGAGCUCGAGAUCACCGAGCCGAUCAGGUGGAGCUCGCGUAUAAUUUUUUAAGUGGUGUAGAGCGAUUUCGUACCCGCUCGAGUGUCUGUCGCUUGUUUCAUCUCGUUUACUGCCAGGAACUUUCUGUAGAAGCACGUAGUGAUCAAAGUCGAGAACUUGCAGCAUUGCACGAUGCACUCGUUACUGUCGAUCAAGAUCGGCACUCUUCUACUAUUUUAGCAGAUAGUUCCUCUGUGACCUGCCCACCUCCCGGUCAAGUCUCGCUUGCCGACUUGGUGCAAGCGCUACGUCAGACAUUUCCAUGGAAAUCUGAUGCAGCUCUUAGUCAACUACAUCGAGCAACGAUUGUCGACUUACGUGGACAGCUUCAUGUCGAUUAUACGACGCUGAUAGCACAAGAGUCUUUCCUCAAUCAAAUUAAGCCUGAAUUUGGACUACGUCAAUUGGCUGAAAGCCUUAAGAUGCAGCGUCUCGAUGACCUUUUGACUUUUCAGCAUCACGUACACGAUCAAAUUCGACGAGGUGGAUCUCAAUCUACUGAGCUUGUAUCAGAAGAUUGUCGUACGCAAUUAAUUUCGUUACAUGACUUUCGUGUUUGUCUACAAGCUGCAGAUUCAGCCAUGCCCGAGUCUGAAAUAACUCAAAUCCUUGUUAAAGUGUCUGGAUUGAAUGCCCAAGCGCUUUUUACGCACGACAACAUGAUGCUCGAUAAAAAUCAAGUGCUUAAGCGUCUCAAAAUGCUGUUGCUUCGUCCGUCAGGCAAACUUUGA